CUUUGCGCGGGUGUGAAGGAAUUAGGAAACACUGACAAACAAACAUGGACUAACAGCAAUGAACGUGUUUGGGACUCCAAGAGAGACAUGAUGUCCUCAUGGCGGCAGCUGGAGCUCCACCCGAGGAUCAUAAGCGCUCUCGGGAGAGCUGACGUGAAGUCUGUCAGGGACGUGCUGUGCAUGUCAGGUCCAGAUCUGCAGAGACUCACCUCCUUGUCGGCCUCUGACGUCCAGCAACUGCUUACUUCUGCAUCUCUGGCUUGCAGGCGCCAGGGUCCGCUACCAGCUCUUGUGUUGCAUCAACGCGAGGGUCACACGUUGGAGUCUGGUUUCAGACUCAGCACAGGCUGCCCUCUGUUGGACCGGCUGCUGAGAGGAGGUCUUCCUGUGGGGGGCGUCACUGAACUGGCAGGAGAGAGCGGUGUCGGGAAGACUCAGCUGGCUCUGCAACUCUGUCUCUCUGUACAGUACCCGAUCCAACACGGUGGUUUGAACUCAGGAGCAGUAUUUGUGUGCACAGAGGACACUUUUCCCAGCAGACGCCUGCAGCAGCUGAUCACAGAACAGUCGUGUCUUCGCUCUGAUGUCCCUUCACAUGUGACCAGCAGCCUUCACUUUAGUGACCAUGUUUAUGUGGAACAUGCUGCUGAUCUGGUAUCUCUUCACUCAUGUCUGACACAUCGCGUGCCCCUCUUGCUUGCUCGGGGUCUGGUCCGGUUUGUGGUUGUGGACUCGGUGGCGUCUCUAUUCAGGUCAGAGUUUGGAGUGGCUGAUUGGAUGGAGAGGACGAGACAGCUACUGACUGUCUCCUCAAUGCUGCAUUACCUGAGUCACGAAUUUAAUACAGCUGUUCUUUGCAUCAACCAGGUGACUGACAUCUUCAGCAGCUCAGAAGAAUAUUUGGGUCCUUCUUACUCGACAGUGUGCCCGGCACUGGGCUUGGCUUGGGCCAAUCAGGUGAUGGUUCGUCUGAUGAUGCGGCGUCUCCAUAUGACCGUUACCAAGGGUGACCAGGACAGCAGCCUCCGCAGGCUAGAGGUGGUGUUUGCGCCUCACCUCGCUCGAACGGGACAGGACGCCGCCGUGUGGAAGGAGGGCGUUCAAGGAGUUGAGACUUGACUAAUGUUAAAAAUACAAUGAUCAAGAUUGUUCUAAAUUGUUCAAAACAAUGGGGCAGUGUGUUGUAUUCUUCCUAACAAGGUCAUGUACCGAAUUGCCUUCAGUGUUUAACAGAUACAUGCAUGUUAAGUGAAUAGUUUUUGAAUUGAUUGUAUUGCGCACACAUGUAUUGAUAAGUCAGUCAGGGAUUGUCAGGUGACAACGCUACCAAUUAGUCGAACAUUUUGUUUGUUGUCAUUAACUCCUGAUUUUUUUCUUCAUUAGUCAGUCGUCCGUGACUUUGAUUAGGUGACUUUGUAAACCAGUGCUGGGCAGGAUUAAGAAUGUAUUUUUACAGUGAUUGUGUGUGAGUCAUGCGGCUUUGUCUUUUCGGUAUGUUUAAGAAUGUGGAAACCAAGCUGACAGAAAAAAUAGAAUCACAAUACAGUGGUCAGAAUUUUAUACUUUGUUUAAACAUGGUUUUGUGAUAACUGAAUCCAGGCAUUUUAAAAUAUAUAUUACAAUGUCUAUUUUUUAAGAGAAAAGUUGACUGCUGACCUCACAUUUUAUUUACAAAUAAAUUCCAUCCUACGUACUGCAACCGUGUACACUUUUAUUUUAAGGACGCGACUGUAUAGACAGUUAUUUCCGGCGUGCGCUUGCUGC